CUCAUUAAUCCUUCAGCAAAAUGGAGAACGAUCAAGGAAUUGUCGUCGACUUAUACGUCCCACGAAAAUGCGCAGCCACCAACCGAUUAAUCACUGCUAAGGAUCACUCAUCUGUCCAGAUCAACAUUGCUGAGGUUGAUGAAGAAGGCAAAGCCAUUCCUGGUCAAAACGUCACUUACGCCCUCUCCGGUUUCGUACGAAGAGAAGGUGAAGCUGAUGAUAGUAUCAACCGAUUGGCCACCCGGGAUGGUCUUCUCAAAAACGUUUGGUCUGCAUCAAAAUAAUUGUUUUUUGACAUCACGGGGAGUCGAGUUGCUUGUAUCACAAAAUAUUUGCAAACCAGUCUAUUCAGAUUUCAGCUUU